AUGACACCGAACCAGAGUAGCCAUAUUCGGGACACGUUUUACAUUGAGAUACAAAACAGCUUACUAGAGGACACUGCGGGGCCUAUGCGAGAGAAGUUAAUUGUUAGACCAAGGAUAAUAACAAAAAAGUCUAAUCAACAUAAAAUAACACAAGAUUACGUGGACGGUGGCCGUGACUUCGACAUCUUUAGCCUAUCGCAGGGAUUUACUCUCGACGUAAUCGGACGAUGUGCUCUGGCCAUGCGAAUCGACUGCCAAAGAAAUCAGCAGGACCCGCUUCUGCAGCUAAUUCGCCGUUUCUUCAAAUUCGCGAUCUCCCCUCUCGUCAUCAUGGCUAUGGUGGCUCCGGCUUUGGCUCCGUGGCUCAGGUGUUUCAGGGGGACCACGACCUCAGCGCUGGUCGAAGCCAGAGUCAUCUCUAAUCUGAACGAAGUCAUCUGUCGCCGGAGGAACACGCCGGGGAGACAAACACUGACACGCGCACAUGUAUGUAUAUGUGCACUUUCUUUGUGUACACAUGUCCCUCUUCCCUCAGACUUCCUCCAGCUGCUGAUCGACGCAUCUGACGAAGGCGCCGACGACAGCUUCCGCCUGGAGAUGCUGGAUCCUUCGUCGCAUCCUCCGGCGCAGGAGUCCUCGUCAGCGCCACUCGGAACAACCUCCUCCUCCUCCUCCCUCCUUCAGCCGAGUCGUUCAUCGCCCCCGCCGGAGGACGACCACAACUGCAUGGUAGAUACGUGUUGCCGCUUGACGAAGGCGAGGACCCGGAGUCUGCCCGGGGAGAGGACUUCUGAAGGAGGCGCCGGAGAUGUUAGGAGCCUUGACGGAGGAGGAGGAGGAGGAGGAGAUACUUCCCGUGGGAGUGAGAGAGAUUCCAGAGUUUCGGACGAUGCUACCACUGGCGAUGAUACCACUGGCGUUGUUAGCAGCGAAGACAGGCCAAGUCGUUCCCGAAGCCAGGAACGACCACCAGGCGGAAGCAGCACCAAUGACGAAGAACCACCGAGUCGUACCCCACACCAGGAACGACCACCAAGCAGCAAUAGCAAUAACAGUAACGAAGAGCCACCGAGUCGUCCCCACAGCCACGAACGACCACUUCAUACCAACGACAAUAACGAAAACCCACCGAGUCGUACCCCAGCUCAGGAACGACCACACCUCACCGACGACGAAGUAGUGGCCAACGCCUACAUGUUCGUCCUCGCGGGUUACGAAACGACAGCUAACGCCAUCGCCUUCACUUCCUAUACCCUGGCCAGGUACCCGCAGUGGCAGGAGAGCUGUCGUGUGGAGGAGCUGCGGAGUGAUGGAAGGGCAGUAAUCCAUAGAGCGCUCCUGCCUCAUACCUCAACACAUCUUCCGUCCGUCACGUGGCUCCGAUCUCCUUUCCUUCCUCAGGAACAGCGCGUGCUAACGUACGAACAAGUGAGCUGCUUGCACGUGUUGGAACGAGUCUUUCAGGAAACCCUACGCAUUUACCCGCCGGUCCCCUCCUUCGUGACCCGGGAGGCAGGGCUGACCCGAGAGGUGGACGGGGUCACCAUUCCUUCCGGGGUCAACGUUACCGUCCCCGUCUGGCACAUUCAUCAUGACCCCGCCCUCUGGCCUGACCCCGAGAAGUUUGACCCCGACAGAUUCCUGCCGGAGAUGAAGAAGGGGCGCCCCUCCCUGGCAUGGAUGCCCUUCGGAGCGGGGCCGAGGAACUGCAUCGGUAUCCGCUUCGCCCGUCUCGAGGCUAAGUUGGCGUUGGCAACACUGCUCAGGGAUUACGUCAUCGAGUUGGCACCCUUGCGUCAAGGACCCUUUGCCCGUCGGUGUACAAACUGUGACGCUGUGUCCUACCGAAGGAGCAUGGCUGAGGGCGAGAAGAACGAACGCAGAAGAGUAAGAUAA